GGCAGCGCGCAGUCGCAAAAGAAGCGCGCUUCGGGAUGAGGGCUAGUGUAUGGCAAGUUUUCUCGCGGAGCUUCCGGCCGGCCGGAAACGUGAGGCACGAGCUUCGCUUCCUGCUGAAGCCGGGUCUGGCCGUUGUUGGUGUGGCGACUCCCGGCUCUCGGCUCCUGAGGCGGGGCGGCCGUCUCUGCCUCUCUCCUGUGAGCGCGCGGCCGAGCAGCCAUGAAGAUCACGCGGCAGAAGCACGCGAAGAAGCACCUCGGCUUCUUCCGCUACAACUUCGGCGUCCGGGAGCCGUACCAGCUGCUGCUGGACGGCACGUUCUGUCAGGCGGCGCUGCGGGGCCGCAUCCAGCUCCGUGAGCAGCUGCCCCGCUACCUCAUGGGGGAGACGCAGCUCUGCACCACCAGAUGUGUGUUAAAGGAAUUAGAAUCAUUGGGGAAGGAGUUAUAUGGUGCAAAACUAAUUGCACAAAGAUGUCAGCUUCGAAGUUGUUCCCAUUUCAAAGAUGCAGUCAGUGGUGCUGAAUGUCUGUUAUCCAUGAUUGAAGAUGGAAAUCCUCACCAUUUUUUUGUUGCAACACAGGACCAGAAUUUAUCCCUUCAAGUAAAGAAAACACCUGGAGUUCCUCUCUUGUUUAUCAUUCAGAACACUGUUGUUUUGGACAAACCUUCUUCCAAAACAACUGCCUUUGUCAAAGCAACAGAAUCAGAGCAUCUUGUCUCUGUUCAUCAGAAACAGAGCAUCAAGAAACUCAAAGAAGAACAAGGUCUAGUGAAAACCCCUCAACAGAAGAAGAAGAGGAAACGCAAAGGUGUGAGUGGUCCCAAUCCUCUUAGCUGUCUGAAGAAAAAGAAGAAGGUGCAAGAUUCAAACCAGUCUUCUGCCCCUGAAAAGAAAAGAAGGAAAAGAAUUCGUAACAGAAAUAGAACGGAAGCACUUUCUGUGCCAUCAGUGAAACAGAGUGAAGAAGUACAAUGCAACCCUAUGGAUUAAUUGAACUGAAAAGUUUUUAGAGACUGACUAAACUCUUUAUUUGUGUUUAUGAUUUGUGUCAGUGUAUGUGAUGAAAAUUUAAAGACAUCUCCAUAGAUUUGCCUGGGUCUGUUGAUUGUUACCUGAAAAAUCAAAGAAUGAACAAGAAUUGAAUACAGUAGUUAAUGACAGUUCUACCCUGGCCUCCUUUUUUCUUACCUCCUUAGCUCCCCUACUCAUUCUUGUUAAGUUAUUAGUAUUUCCUUUGAUUCAUUGUUGCUGUGGAAUUAGCAUCUCUGAACCAGUGUAUUGGAAAUGUUAAGAGUUUAUUGUGAGUUGGAAGUUCAAAACACAAAUAUGACUUAAAAAUAAAUAGGUAAUAGAGAUUUUACCUCAUGCCUGGUGCACCAGAUUAGUAACAUUUAUACCUAUUAAAUUAAGUCAUUGUUCUUCAUUUACCCUUAGAUUGGGAGUUGGGUUAAAUGACUGACUUUGGAAAAAUGAGAUGUCAGAUUUAAUAUGUGUACAUAAUUAUUUUGUAUUGUUUUAUUGGUUUCCUCUAAAAAUAGUCUUAAAAUUUCAUAGCAUGAAAAUAUUUCAUAAUAAUUUUAUACACGAUAGCCCUCAAUUUAAUGAUAGUUUUGUUUUUCCUAAAUGAGUUCAAAUGAUGCCUUUUCAUUUUACAUCACCAUUGUCUCUGGAUUUACCUUUACCCUCAUCCUAUCCACCCUCAAAUUUAGCCCUUAUAGCAAAGAAAAACAGUUAAGGGAUCAUAUCAGACAAUGUAUGCAACAUACUGCCAUUGUGAUCCCCUUUUUCUCAGUCAAGAGGGGCAGGUUUCAUUGUGUGUUCACCUGGCUUAUUACUGGUUUCUGAAUUAGAAAGGUCUUUGACUUCCUCUUAGUGAUUUAUUCACUUACAUUGUUAGAGUCAUAUUUGUUAUACUGAGUUUGCUUAUCUUACUCUCCAUCAGUUCAUAUGUGUUGUUCCAGAUUUCAUUGAAUUUGUCAUUUCUUCACUAUGAUCAAUUAUAUUUAUGUGCCAGUUUUUCAGCUGUUUCCUAAAUCAAUGGAUACCCACUUUGUUUUAAAACUUUUUUUUGAUUUAUAUUUUAUUUGUUUUUUCACCUCCUGCUUAAGGAUAGAAUUGCUGGGUCAAAGCACCUGUGAGCCCCUUAGUCACUUGUAUCAUUUUCAACUUUUUUUCCAGAGCAGUUGGGCCAGUUUACAGCUGCAUCAACAGAGUAUUAGCAUGCCAUUUUUUCCCAUGCUCAGGAAUAUUAACCAUUACCAUUUAUAUCUUACCUGCCAGUUUGCAGGUUGUGAAGUGAAACCUCAGAAUUGUUUUAUUUUGCAUUUUUCAGUGAUUUAGAUCCUGUUUUCAGAAGGUUUAUCAUUUGCAGUUUUGAAAACUUCAUAUUCUUUGGUCACUUGCCUAUUGCGGAAUGGCUGUGGUUUUAUAUGUUAGUAUCAGUUCCCUAUCUAUCCUGGAUCUUAGACUUUGGUUAUCGGGGAUAUCAAAUGCAAAGAUUUAGCUUGCUCAACAGUUUGACUUUUUAUUCAAUUUACAUUAAAAUUGUGCAAAAGCUUUUUGAUUUUAAGUAAAUAACAGUUUACUUUGUCUUUUAUGAUUAUUCUCUCCCUUUUGCUGAUUGUGAAAAAUUACUCAUGCUCGAUAAUUUUUUUCUAAAAUGAUGUAAUCUUAUAUUCAACUCAUCCAUUUAGAGCUUGUUGUGGUAUGUGAUAUAAAAUGUUGCUCUAAUUUGUGCCAAAAUGCUUUCCAGUUUUUUGAGCUAUUUUCAGAUAGAGUUCUUCCAAUAAUUUGUUCUUGGUGAGUCUAAUAGAUCAGUCACCAGUUUUAUUUACUUAAAAUUUUUUGCUCUUCUUUUUAGAAGCUGAAAAAUGUUCCCAUCACCCAUUUUUACUUUAAAUUUGCUGAUAACUAGACUAUUAGGGGGAGUGGAGAUGGAGAGGAUGAUGUAAUGAUCCUUUUCAUCAAGAACUGUCAAAGUGCCUGAGUCUGCCAUAAAUGUUUGAAAAAUGGCUCAGACUCCUUUUGUUUCUCUUAUUCAUACACUAAGUAUUUUUAAUACUAUAACACUAAUUAACACUGAAGUACCUUUACGUAAUGAAGAUGAGUAUCAGA